UGCGCCCAUGGACUUGGCAACUGCGGCAGCCAACGGCGAUCUUGAAUCGAUAAAGUCUCUUAUUCAUAGUGGGGUAAACUUAAACCAGAGAUCUAGAGAAGGAUUUGCACCUUUAUGUACAGCUGCUUUCUGGGGAUACAGUGAUAUAGUACAAUACCUGUUGAAGAAUGGGGCCAGUGUUAAUUGUUGUAACAGUGGUACUGGUUGGACGGCGCUACAUUGUGCUGCGUUUCAAGGACAUGGUAAAGUCAUUAUGAAAAUCAUGGAUCACAACCCAGAUUUGACACUCAGAGAUGACAAAGGAAGGACUGCAUCUGAUUUUGCAUCUGCUAUAGAUGCUAUCUGGCCGUUCUUUGCUGCAGCUGGCUGCAAAAGAACACCAAAAACAGAUCUUAUUAGGUUAGAUGUCAUUAAAAAGGUACAUGAGGACGCUGCAAUACCGAAAUCAGAUUAUUCAUUUUACUCCCGUCCAGGUUCAGCUUACGUCAUGCAACCACAGCCAAUGAGAGGAAGCGUUACAAGAACUACCGGUGAUGAGAAAAGAGAUUACGCCGCUGCCACAGGUGAUGUACUAGCAUUGCGUGGGGAAGGAAUACCUGCAAGCAACAGACACAGCACACCAUCAUUUAAUAUAUGGAGGAAUUGAUUGCCAACCUAUCACUACAUCGGGAUAUUCUGGCUGUACUAAAAAAUAGGGUACCAGUGACAGUAGCUGGAGUGUAAUCAUUGAUUCAUCCUUCUAUCAUACCAUGCAAUAGCGUCUCUUAUGAUUUUGAGAUCUUACUAAAAAUUGAAGUAACAUAAUCAUAGAACACAGUACAGCAUGUUGAAGGGAUCAAAUAAGGACUACGUGUGCGUAUGAAAAGGACGUCUUCAACCCAAACUGCGAUACUCUGCUUUGACCCUUCAGUGAUUUGUUGUGAAUGCCUAAGUUAAUUGCCCAAACUACCGGUAAGCCUUUGAUGAAUUGAAUUGUCUCAAAAAGAGUUAUAAACAUUAAAAGAGUUGUGAAUACAUCUGUCACGAUUUAAGUUUUUGUUCAUAUUUGUUUGUCUGAAUGGCAUAAUGGUUAGUGUUGCCAUUUUGAAACAAACGCUAUUGUCCUGCUGUUAUAAUCUAACUCACUGUAGAGGUUGAACCAAACACAACAGACUUUGUAAAUGGUGCAGUUAACCACAGUCCCUCUAUCCCCGGUCUGGAAACGACUAGCGUUCUUUUGUCUCGAACCGUGGUGCGGGUCAACAAACCGGGCCGAGGGAGUCAGGAAGUCAGACAGAUUACAAUACCGUCAAAAUAUUCAUUAAAAUCGGAAAAUUUACCGUCAUGCAAAGCGAUACCUCAUUGUAUGACUUCACUUUGACUUCAAAUUCGGGCAACCACAACUUAAACAAACAUGUAAACAAAAUUAUCACUAUGAAAUUUGGGUUUUUUGAACCCUGAUACGCAUCACAACCAGCCUACCAACUCAUAAACAUCCAGUUCCUGCAAUGUUCAUUUUCUCGUUUUAAUAAGGAAAAAACUUGGCGUGCCAAUAUGCUGACAUCGCUAAACAAAUCUUGUCAAAAUGGCGUGGUUCAUGUUAACGUAGUCGAUCGAAAAACCUGUGAUAUUUCUGA